AUGUGUGAAGAGACCAAACAAUAUCUUUGGGCUUUACAAGAUACUCUUGGACGUGGAGCAACAUCUCAAGUUUAUAAAGCAUACAACAAGUCAACGGGCGAAGUCGUUGCAGCUAAGGUUUAUCAAGUUUCAUCGAGCUCUCGUUCAACACCAGGCGAUGGAAGAGGAGCUCAAAAUCGAGAUUAUCGGCCAAUUUUAGAACGCGAGCUAGAAAUACUCAAAGCAGCUGAUCAUGAAAAUAUCAUCCGAUACAUUGCUCUAGAACCAGUCAUAUCAUCCGAUGCUCCUCAAUCGUUGGAUAAUCGAGAAGCUCUAUUGAUUGAGUACUGUAACGGUGGAAGUUUGAAUAACGUUCUUGAAUUACCGGAAAAUCGUUAUGGAUUGAUUGAAGAUGACUUCAUGUUACUCUUUCGGCAAUUGACUAACGCAUUAAGAUAUUUACAUGAUAAAAAAACCAUUCACCGAGAUAUUAAACCUGAUAACAUCAUGCUAUCGAUAAAUAUCAAUGGUGAACGAACAUAUAAAUUAGCUGAUUUAGGCGUGGCAAGACUUAUCAAUGACGGUGAAAAUGCUUUCACCUCGUUGGUUGGGACGGAAGAAUAUAUUCAUCCAGUAUUGUACGGCGCUGCUGUACAUGACAAUAAAACUGAUGUGUUACGAACUGCUUUGCAAACGCGUGUCGAGUUUCCAUUUGAAGUCGAUCUCUGGUCACUAGGUGUGACACUGUAUCAAUGUGCCACAGGGGAUUUACCAUUUCAACCAUUUGCUGGUACACGAAAAGAUCGUGCUGGCAUGAAACGUAUUCUAGAAACGAAACCACCAGGAUGCAUUUCGGGGAUCGAAAAUACAUCUGGUGGAAAGAUUCAAUGGUCCAAAUCCCUACCUGAAUCAUGCCGUUUAUCCAAAAACCUUAAGCAACGAUUGGAAGCUCUCUUACAACGUUUGCUCGAAUCGAAUAGCGAAAAGUUGAUGACAUUUCGAGAAUUUUUUGAAGAAACAGAUCGAAUCUUUCAUUUGAUGCCGAUCUAUUACUUGAAUUUAAAGCGUUUUAUAUUAACAUGUCAUUAUUUCAAUCCAUCACAACCAAUAACAAACCUAUACGAUGAAUUACAAAAACAAAACAACGAUGAAAGUCAUGGAGAUUACUUUUGUCUGUUUCAAAAUGUACCAUAUCCAAUAUCGAAGUCGAAUCCAAUGUCUGUCAAAGUCUUCUGCGAACAAUUACCGAUACCAACAUCACGUGAAAAUCCGCUCGUAUUUUACACAUUUUCACCAAUGAAAUCGAGCCCGUCGUAUAUUCCGCAAAUUCAUAUUCCAACCUUGAAACCGAUUCGACAAGUCAAUGAUGUGGCUGCAGCCUACGAUUGGAGUAAAGACACAGUUGGCUUAUUCUUUUAUGUUAAAAAUCAACUAAAUGAUUAUCAACGCAUUUUGCAAACAGCUCAGUGUUCAACAACGAUAAUGCAGCAACAUCUGAAAUCGAAUCUGUUGGAAUUUUUGUGUACAAUUCGGUCGAAACUGAUUGUUUUUCGUGCAAUAGAAGAAUUGAAAAAUAUUCUCGAUCAAAUCGAUAGUAGUACAAGUAGCCAAUCAUCAUCGUCGUCAUCGAACAACGUUUCAAUGACAUCUCUCAAUGGAAAUAAUCCAUCAGGACGACCACCAUCGACCAGUGGAGAAGCACCGUCCAUUGGAUUUUCCCAUCUAUUGAGUAACACAGCAUCAUCAAGUGAAAAUAGUUUGUCACCAGUUACGUCGCAUCGAUCAACCGGUGCAUCACCAAUGCAGUUAAUUCAACAAAGUAUUCGCAUUUAUCUUCGCUCGUAUCUGCAACCGUAUGAACAAUUAAAAAAAUGUGAACAAGAUAUCAUAGAAAUGAUUGAAAGAGAAUUCAGUGGACAAUUAGGUGUGCCAAAUGACCAAAAACCGUUUGUCAAUACUCUUUGGAUAUCGCAAUGUACGAAAAUGUAUGCGUCAUGGAUUCAUCGAGCUGAUAAGUUUUUGAAGGAUCUUAUGGAUCUUCAUGAAAGUUUUCGGAAAGAUCGGUUGUUAAGCACGUACAAUCGUUUACAAAGCGACUCUCACUUUCGUCGUCGAAAGAAUCUCGAAGAAUUACAUGGAAACUACGUGUCAUUCGCAUCGAAAGAAUGCUAUCCGAAUUUAAUCCGAGGUUUCAACGAUUAUAAUGAAUGGAUCAAACAACGCUCGAGUUUAAUUCAUGAAUUUCAAGCAAUUCAGCAAUCCUACGGAAAACAAUGUGAUGAUAUUAUGAAUUAUGUCGACAUGAUUGAUGAUCUUCGCACAGUUGUUUAUAAGAACAUUCGCGAUUUAGGUGUGCCGACUGCAACAACAGCAACGCCCAUGGCAACCAAUGAUAAUAUUCAAGUGCCGUCACCAGCAGCAAUUCGUGCACAUCCCUAUCAAAUGGCUGAAGAUGAUAGUUCUCAUCUUCCUGACGACGAUGAAGAAGAAGCCGACAAUAAAUCGGGUAGUAACAAAACAAUGAUGACGAAAAUUCGCGGUACAACAAAAAAAACUAUUCAGCAAGCUGAAGAGGGCUUUAUCAAACUAGAUAAUGUCAUCCGACAACUUCGUACUAGCAUACACAAAAAAUAA